CCGUGACUUGGGACUUUCAGGAGUCCGUUGAGACAACUCAUGUGGACUGACAAUCUUCGAUUGCAACCAAGUUGCGACUACGCUUCUCUCCAGCAACAGCUUUGGCCGAAACACUGGUAAACGGAGGAAUCCGUUUCAAUGAUGCGUCGAUGACAAUUGGCUGGUCGUACCACUACCCUCCACCGGACCUGCAUCUUCUUAAGGAGCUCCUGGGCAUCUUUUCUUAUUCUUUUCUUGUUCCCGUAGCCAAUUUCUGUCUGUAGUUUCGUUCAUUUCGAUAGAGAGUGUGCCUGGGAUACAAAUACUGCCUCGGGGGCUUUGUGUCGAUGGCUCCCAGCAUUAUCGCAAACGACGUCAGAGUCGAAAAUGGCGACCACGCGACGAGCCACACCAAUGGGACCAACGUCUGGCAGCCAGUGUCUCUGCCCAAGGACGACGACAAUCGUCUACUACGCGCCCCAAUUCAUUUGUAUUCCACAAGUUUAGAUGAAGUGCACGAUCUUGUCUGUGUGGGAUUCGGACCAGCGUCACUUGCGAUUGCUGUUGCGCUCAAUGACCUACUCGAGGCUCAGGGUCACGGACAAGACCUACAUAUCAGCCCCAAGGUGCGAUUCCUUGAACGACAGAGUACGUUUAAGUGGCAUGCCGGUAUGCUGCUUCCGGGAGCGAGAAUGCAGAUUUCUUUCCUUAAAGAUCUUGCCACACUUCGAGAUCCCUGCAGCUAUUUCACCUUUCUCAACUAUCUGAAGCAGCACAACAGACUGGUCCAGUUUUCUAAUCUGGGGACAUUUCUGCCUUCCCGUCUGGAAUUUGACGACUAUCUCCAAUGGGCCGCGUCACACUUUGAUGAUGUCGUCGAAUACGGACAAGAUGUUGAAUCUAUACAUCCACGGAGACUUGCCGGCACAGAUAAAUACGACUGCUUCGAGGUAGUCUCGCGUAACCUCUCCACCGGACGCACCAGCACGUUCUUCGCUCGAAACGUUGUUAUUGCUGCAGGUGGUCGGGCAUCGAGACCUCCUCAAUUCCCGACCUACCACGACAAAAUUCUGCACUCGUCGGAAUACAAUACGAGGAUCGAGCAAGUGUUGCCGGACAAGGAACGACCUUAUCGUAUAGCAGUCAUGGGCGGCGGCCAAAGUGGCGCCGAGGUAUUCAAUGAUCUACAGGCUCGAUACCCCAAUGCAAGCACCCGAUUGAUUUUCCGCGAUACCGCCCUGCGUCCCAGCGACGACUCUCCGUUUGUGAACGAAGUCUUCAACCCAGAGGCGGUAGACACUUUCUUCGACCAGCCGGACGACUUCCGCAGCGCCACCCUGAAGAAGAACAAGGCCACGAACUAUAGUGUGGUUCGACUUGAGCUGAUCGAAAAAUUAUAUGAUGACCUUUACUUGCAAGGGAUCAAGCAGCCGGACCGGACAAUGUGGCAACACCAGGUACUGUCUUCAAGGGACAUUACCGAGGUAGUGGAUGACAAGGCGACUGGGGGUUUGAUACUUACCUUGACCAACUUAGAGCCACUCAGCAACCGCUCGACAGAGAAUUUGCCUGUUGAUGCGAUAAUUUUGGCGACUGGCUAUCGCCGCGAUGCUCAUAUCGACAUGCUCCGAGACUGCCAAAGCAUUAACGCGAAUCGAAACGGCCAUUGGCAGCCAGGGCGGGACUAUGGGUUGAAGUUGGAUCCCCACAGCGUGGAUGAAGGGAUGGGGAUAUGGUUGCAGGGGUGUAACGAAGGUACUCAUGGACUUUCAGAUUCAUUGCUAUCAAUUGUGUCGACAAGGGGUGGAGAGCUGGUGGACUCCAUCUUUAGCAAAGAGUUGAACCUCAGUGGACAUUAAAUGAUGUUUGGAUGGUUGGUACUCCGUAUGAUGAAACGAAUUUGCCUUUUGAGCUGUGGCUGGCCUAAAGUAGUACCUUAUGGUCUCGGUCCUGCUCUGUCCUGAACCACCCUGUGAUCAUUGAGCUUUGGGGGUCUGCAUGACUUUCCCUCUGAGGAUUCGGAACAAUAACAUCCCAUCAUCUAGAACCGGUAAAGCCGCUGGCGACGCAUAUGCACCCAGCGACGUGCAUGCAACGCACCUUUUCCCUGCCCGUAAGGAUGCGGAGGGCCCAAUGAGUGAGUUGCAUUAGGCACUGGCGGGAAGAAACGAAUCCUCUCGUACGCUUCUCAUAAGCCACCUCCGCAAAAAGUGCGAGAAGGAGAAGCGGAGAAGCUUGUCACAGCCAUAGUUGGUGUUACAAGUACGAGUAGUGGAUAGUGGUUGGUGGUGGUGUUGAUGACCAUGCGUCCCGAGUCUUCGGGGUAAGGGACCUAUGUAAGGCAGGCUUCAUGCCCUCUCAACUCAAGUCUUGUUUAUCACUCGGCUCUUUCUGAAUUAUAUCCGUAU